AUGAAGUUGAUAAGAUGUGAGUUGUGCGGAGAAACUGCUACAAUGUUACGUUUAAAAUAAAAAGUUUUUAGUAACUUUUAACUUUUAAUUAAAAAAUGAGUAACACACAAAACAGUAACAGAGCUUUACGAGUAAAGUGAAAUAAAUACACAACAAGCCCCGCAAAGAAUAUGUAAAAUAUUUUAAUGAUAAUUAUUUGUUCAACUGUGUGAAAUUUAAUUUUACGAAUUUAAUAAUAAAAACAAACCAAAUAAUCCCAACAUGGCAACUGUUUGGGUAAUGUACAUUAUUUUAUCACUUAUCAUAGGACUCAUCAUAGUACUGGCAGCGAUAUUCUUCCGUUAUAAAAGAUAUUAUUGGAAAUUUCUGGAUGUGCCACAUGAUCAUCCACGACCAUUGCUCAGUGUGCUGGGUGCGAUUAACAGAAGUGGCACUUAUACUGAGAAAGAACGCCUUGACUAUUAUGACACGCUCUACAAAAGAUUUAAAGGUACAGGUCCAUUCUGUGGUUACUAUAACGUUCUGCAACCUAGAGUUUUAGUAUUAGAUCGCGACUUGGUGACUCAAAUAUUAAUCAAAGAUUUCUCCAAUUUCAAUGAUCGUGGCAUGUAUUACAACAGUAAAGUAGAUCCACUCUCUGCAGAUUUGUAUCACCUUAAAGGCAGUAGCUGGAAGGAAAUGCGCAUAAAAUUGGAUCCCAUAUAUAGAAAAGAACAAAUGAGUUAUCUUUUUACCAGUGUCUAUGAAGAAAGCCAUCAUUUAUUAACAGCAUUUGAGGAAGGCUUACAAAAUGGUGUCUUAAAUGAUUUUGCUCAAAUAAAGCAAAUAAUUCAUCGCUUUGUUUUGACCAUAAUAGCAAAGUAUGUUUUUGGUAUGGUCACCAACAGUCAUCAAGAUAAAUCUAUACUCGAUGAAUUUGACGCUAUGACGCAGUUAGCUUUGACCACACAGCGACAUGGGCGUUUUUUUAAUGCACUACUUUCGCGACAUCGGAGCACCGGACGCAAGUUAGGUUGUGGAGUGACAAAUAAGAAAGCUGAAGAAUAUUUUCUAACGCUUAUCUCUGAAGUAGUAGCUAAUCGUGAAAAAUUCGGAACUGAUGCUUAUGACUACAUGCAACUACUCAUCAACUUAAAGACACAAGAAUAUAGCACACAUGAAACUGAAGACAUAACAAACAGCAAAGAACUAAAGGAACAUCUGAUGAAGGAAUUAGCUGCCCACGCCUUCGUUUUUCUGAGAGCUGGGCUUAAUCCAAUAGCUAACACAAUAUCAUAUGUCCUACAUGAAUUGGCUUUGAACCAAUGGGCACAGGAGCGCGUGCGAAAAGAAACACAAACUGCUUUACAAAAAAAUAACGAAUUUAAUUACGAAUGCGUGCAAGCGAUGAAAUUUAUGGGUCAAGUAAUAUCAGAAACUUUACGAUUGCACCCGGUCACUCCGUAUCUAGUGCGCCGCACGUUGCAUAAUUAUAUUGUACCCAACAAUCCCAGAUAUGUGAUACAACGAGAUAUGUAUGUUAUAAUACCCACUCAUGCUAUGCAUAAUGAUGCUGAAAUCUAUGCAGAACCACAUCUCUUCAAACCAGAACGAUUUUGUGGAGAGGAAAAUAGGUCGCGUGAACCAGGUACUUGGCUAGGCUUUGGUGAAGGUCCACGUGAUUGCAUUGGUAAGCACUUUGCUCAGCUUAUAGUACGCAUUGCGAUUGCUCGGUUACUUACACAGUAUAAUUUCACAUUGGAUCUAAAAAAAUUAAUCGUUGAAAGUCAAACUGGAGCAGGGUUAAGUAUAAGACGAAUUUCUGCGCCGAAAGAUGGCCAAGAAGCUAAUGUGGUGAUAUAAAAGAGAAUUUGUUUAUAUUAAUGAUCGAUUUUAUUUUUUUUUGUUAA